UGUUCCCAACGGACAGAGUGAAAAAAGAAUACGACUAUCUCGUCAUCAUGGCGCAGCGGUUAACAACACAAGCUCUACCUUUCUGAUAUCCGUGAUUGGAUCCGACCGAUAAUUCUGAUCUGUGAGCUCCAAAAUAGCCACAUCACUACAGUAUCUUUUUGGCCUGGUGUCCUUCGUCUGAUGACUGAGUGUCCCAACUUGCGUUUACCUACACACCAUCGAUGCAUCGCUGCCCUCCUUCCUCUUCUCUUUUCUCGCCAACUGCAUUCUCCCCUUUGCAUAUCUCUGCGAGUCAAAACCCCCAAUCCCACCACUCGCCAACUCCAUGAGCAGCAUCAUCAUCUUAUCCCCUUCCUCAUCACCCGCCACAUCCUUCGCCACCUCGCUCACCCUUCCCUCUCCUCCCAGUCCGCAGUUUCAGUCUGCAGUGUGAUCCCAAGGACUGCGUAUCAUGAUGGAACGAAGGACUUUAACGAUCCCAACAAGAAACUCACGUCUGGUUUCUCAGCAGCUAGUCGGCGGGUGAGUCGAUGGAAACGAAGAACCUGGUGCGGUCGGUACUGGAACCUGGAUGUUUCCGCCGCCGCCGCCGCCGUUGCUGGUCGGGAUCGAUCAUUUGAGGGAAUCAGCCAAGCCUGGUAAUGACUUUCGAGGUGGUGACUCAAGGCUGAUUGUCACCGUCGUUGACAAGGACCUUGGGAUCAGCCGUUGUUGAUCUGUUAUUCACCUAUUCUCCUACUUCCUACAAAUGUACAUUUCUAGGCAAGUUUGAUAGCAAAGCACGUCACUAUGCCAGUGACAAAG